AUGGAGGUUCCAGAUGAAGGCAGACAGGCUCAUGACAUCAUCGGAUGCUUGCCGAGCUGGGAUGGAAGCUUGGGUGGUGUCGUGAAUGGAGAGGAAUGGCGGCAGUGGCGGGGCGAAUCGGAUGUGGUGGCAGAAAGAGAGAGGCAGAAAGUGGCAUCAUGUUUCAGUUUGUGCCAGCCAGAUGCCUCUGGAAACCUGCAAGCAGGACAUGAAAGUGUAGCAAUCUCCCAUUCUUCCAUCUUGUAUUCAAAGGUUGGUUUUGUGCUUGGCAAUGUAGUUGGAAUGUAUCUGGCCCAGAACUAUGAUGUUCCAAACCUUGCAAAGAAGCUUGAAGACAUCAAGAGAGACGUGGAAGCUCGAAAGAAGCCUCCAAGUGACAAAUGAUGUUGACUUAGCCAUCUCCGUACUAAGAGUAGAUGAUGUAGUGUUGUCACUGGGUCACAGGUGCCAAACCCUAAUGUGGCUUUUGUGGAUCCUCUUCAGCUUCAAUCUCAGAGAAACUGGGCUGCAGUGUCGCCACAUCUAUGGAACCUUCUAGCGCUUUCAGGAUAUUUGACCAUUUUUCUAACCCCACAGAUAGCAAGAAAAAGAAACGAGAGAAAGAGAAAUUGGACUUUUGUUCUCCGUGUAUUUAAGUAUUAACGUGAUUUGGGUGUAGAGUAAUGAAAUUCAUUUUAUUAUUCCAGCCCAACAAACUAGAUUCUGACUCAUGAAAUAACUUAUGAAAUAAAUUAAAAUGUGUGUAUUGGGAACAGGCAUCCAAAGAUUUCUCUCCACCCCACCCCCCCCUCCCCACAAAUACAAUCAGGAGCACAGUUUUACAGUCCUUUGUACAACCUAUUUGUAAGGUACAAAAUCAUUGAUAAAAAUCCUCGUCCUUUUUCCUGAA